CAGAAAAGAAAGGAGAGAAAGGACAGCUGCCUCCGGGAGGAAGAAAACCGUGACGGGGUCUCGUAGCGGGAGGAAGCAGGAAGAUUUGCAGCAGUUCUAUGGCUCAGUCUGCUGCUAACGGUGUGGACCAGGAUCUGGCCAGCAAGAGGCUGCACUCAAGGAUGGAGGCCUCUUGCUUGGAGUUGGCCCUGGAAGGAGAGCGACUAUGCAAGGCCGGGGACUUUAAAGGGGGAACAGCGUUUUUUGAAGCAGCCGUGCAGGUCGGCACAGACGACCUGAAGACCCUAAGUGCCAUCUACAGCCAGCUGGGAAAUGCUUACUUCUACCUCAAGGAGUAUGGCAAGGCCCUGGAGUACCACAAACAUGACCUUACUUUGGCGAGAACAAUAGGAGAUAGGAUUGGAGAAGGGAAAGCCAGCGGUAACCUUGGUAACACAUUAAAAGUGUUGGGGCGCUUUGAUGAAGCUGUUGUGUGCUGUCAAAGACAUCUGGAUAUUUCUCAAGAACAAGGGGACAAGGUUGGAGAGGCCAGAGCUUUGUAUAAUGUCGGUAAUGUGUUUCAUGCUAAGGGCAAACAGCAGUUGUGGGGCUGCACCCAGGAACCUGGCGACCUGCCUCCUGAUGUCAGAGACACAUUGCAAAGGGCUACGGGCUUUUAUGAGAUGAACUUGUGUUUGGUCAAAGAACUUGGAGACCGAGCUGCUCAGGGGCGGGCCUAUGGGAACCUGGGCAACACCCACUACCUGCUGGGAAACUUUGUGGAAGCUAUCAAGUUUCAUCGCCAGCGAUUAUCCAUAGCUAAAGAGUUUGGGGACAAAGCUGCAGAACGACGAGCCUACAGCAACCUGGGAAAUGCCUUGAUAUUCUUGGGCCAGUUCAACACAGCUACAGAGUACUACAGGAAAACGCUGCAACUGUCUAGGCAGCUGAGGGACCAGGUGAUGGAGGCUCAGGCCUGUUACAGCCUCGGAAAUACCUACACACUUCUGCAGCAGUAUGAGAGGGCCAUAGACUACCACCUGAAACACCUGUACAUCGCUCAGGAACUUACAGAUAGAGUCGGUGAGGGCCGUGCCUGCUGGAGUCUGGGGAAUGCAUAUGUGUCUUUAGGGAACCACAAACAGGCUCUUCACUAUGCCAGAAAGCACCUGGACAUCUCCAAAGAAAUUGGAGACAGAAAUGGAGAACUGACAGCCAGAAUGAAUGUGGAGCAGCUGAUGGAGGCUCUGGGGGUCAAUGAGAGUGACCUUUCCCCUUCCAGUUCAGAGUUUGAGAUGCAAGGAGCAAGACCCAAAUUCACCAAGAGAAACAGCAUGGACAGUGUAGAACUAUGGAAGUACUCUACAGAUAAGAAUGGCGACAACCAAGACUUAGAAAGUAUACCCAGGAGAUCCAAGAGUCAGCUGUCGCAGCCAGGUAAAAGAAAAGGCUAUCCAGACAGCCAGUCAUCAGAUGAAAGGCCGUGGUUGGACUCGCCCCUAGACACUGAUGACAUCACUUUGCAAGUCCCACCUCCAGUGCCAAAGCUGGGCCGUGACCCCUCAGAUGAGGACUGCUUCUUCGACCUCCUCAGUAAGUUCCAGAGCAGCCGCAUGGAUGACCAGCGCUGCGAUCUUGACGAGCCACAAAAUGGAGACAACGGAGAAGGUGCGGCAAACUCGAUGCCGUCGCUGAACGAGAUGAUAGAUCCUUCAAUUACAACCUCCCCCCAGACUGAGGAGCUGUUUGACUUGAUUGUCAGCUCUCAGAGCCGCCGUCUUGAUGAUCAGAGGGUUAAUGUUGGGAAUCUUCCAGGCUUGAGGAUUACCCACAACAAUCUGGGACACCUGGUGGGCGAAGGAGAUCAUCAAGAACCGAGCGAUGACUUCUUCAACAUGCUAAUCAAGUGCCAGUCCUCCCGGAUUGAUGAUCAGAGGUGCUCCCCACCAGAAGCCGGCCCCCACGCCCCCACAGUGCCUGACGAAGACUUCUUCAGUCUAAUCCAGAGGGUGCAGGCGAAGCGUAUGGACGAGCAGCGCGUCCAGCUGCCAGAUGAUGACGAGGACAGCCCUCAGUCCCCUGAGCCAGACUCACCCGGUGGUCUUUCCAGCUAGAACUUUGUAACUCUACGCUGCGUCAAUUCAAGUCAAAGAGAAGGAAUGACAGAAAGAUGAGCCAACAUUUAAAGACGCCACCGAAGGGUGAACUAACAAGAUUUUUAAAUAACAAGAUACAUUUUAUGUGCAAUAGGUGGUGCCCUGUCAAAUGUUCGCUCAGUGUAUUAAGCUCUAUAUGUGUAAAUAUAACAGGAAAGCAGGCAGGAUCUAAGCUUACGGCGAGGGGAUGGAGAGAGUACGUUUUUGGGACAUGAUGACAAAAAUGAAAUAGGUUUUUCAAUCCAAUGCCUUAAUCAGCAUUUUUUCAGACUCAAGAUUGUAUUCCAUGGUGUCAGAAGUGUUACUAUGGUAACACAUGGUGGGCAUACAGUGUUAUUAUGGACGGUUAAUGUGGGGAAUUAAAGCACGAGUUGUGGAAAUCACAAAGAAUAAAUGACAGAAACGGAAAACAAAAUGAAAAACUUAAGCGAUACAUUAUUGCACUGAAAUUCAAACUUGUUUCAUAAAGACUUUCAUGAUAUUUUACGGACCGACUGUCUUUAUCGAACAGGUUGAAUUUCAAAGUGCAUCAGUUCAGUGACACUCUUAUUACGCUGCUUUAAUCAUUCUACUUUCAUGGUUCCCACCACUCAUAGAAAACUGGUGUUAUUGGUGCAGUAUCAGUAUUCGGGAUGUUCAUACAUUGUUUAACCGUAUUGAUCAGUUCAAACCUUCCACCCACUGUGCUUUACGUUUUCUGGCUUAGACAAAACAAUGAGAUUUGUUUAAAUGGAUAGGCCGAAUGACAACUGGUUCUUUAUGUGCAUUUAUAAACAGGCAUACAUCGUGACAGUUUGUAGAAUCCGAGGUUACUGAGAAAAUGAUCCGAUACAGCUGCUUUCUUUUAUAUUCAAGAGUAGAGCUUUGGGAUAAUUCAAGCUCCUAUCAAUGUUUCUGCUUAGCUUCUGAAGUAACGCUAGCUGCUGCCCGUGAUGUUCUCUACAUCUGAUAACAGACUAUCGCUUCAUGCCAUUACCACUAUGACGUAACAUAGGAAUAGAAGCAGAUGGAUAAUAUGGAUGCCCUUUUGUAAAGAAUCUAAUACCACGAGCAAAACUGACACACUUAUUCUAGGUUGUGCUGCCACCCUGUGGUUAAAACCUUGUAUUACUUAUGAGUAAUACACAGAGGGAAGUCUAUUUGGUGACUCAAACAUUCCCUGCCCUUGGCUAGGGUUGUCUCCAUAAGAGAACUUUAAACAGAUGCAGGUCAGAAUCAAACCAUGGUGACAACAGAUACCAUGAUCACCAAAAAUGCAACCAAACUCAUGAACCUUCUUAAAGAAAAACAACCAUACAGAGAUUUUAUUGUUCUUAAAAAAAUGUGGUAUUGGCAACAUUUAAUGGCAAGGUUUCGGUACUAAACCUUCAUCAGGCAAACUUUUCAGUACUUGACCUCUUGACCUUGAUGAAGGUCUAGUACCAAAACGUAGCCAAUAAACAUUUUUUUGGAGGUGAGACAGUGUUGAAAUGGAUGUGCGAUAUUAGAGUGCAUUAUCAAAAUCAGUCAAAGCUCAGGCUACAUCUCUAUCCAUCUGUAAGCUGACAAAGAGAGUCACAAACAUCAGACAGGAUUUCUAUGUGUUAUGGUACUGUACUAAAAAGUACUCCACCUUACCUUUGGGCUUGCUUUUUAUUGAGAGUUAGUGCAUACCUCGUUUUUGUACCUCAAAGCUUAUGAACCUUAGUACUCUGAACCAGGGCGGAUCAUGUUCCACGUUUAUAUGUUUGAUUCACCUCUCUUUGAUAAAACAAGACAGUGGGAGCUAAAGUUAAUAUUUCUUCUUCUUUUUUUGUGAAUUAACAUUUUUAGACGGUACCUGGUACGCUUGUAUUUGUCUCUGCCAUAAUUUGUACAUAUAAAUAUAUUUUGUAUUUAUGUUCCAUUUGAGGACAUGAAUAUGUCCCUUCAUGCUUUUAAUAAAAUGUUUCAGAUGUUU